AUGCUGUGCAACAUGGAAGCUGAAUCGGUAAAACUUCCUGUAUUUGACCUCUCCCAGCCCUUGAGUCCAUCCUCCCUCUCCUCCCUCACUCUAGCCUGCAGAGAAUGGGGCUUCUUCCGCAUAACCAAUCAUGGAGUCUCCAAAGAUCUUUACAGGAAGCUGUACUCCCUCUCAAACCAUCUCUUUAGUCUCCCUGAUGAGUCCAAACUCAAGCUCGGUCCAACUUCAUCCUUAAAAACCUACACCCCUCAUUUCAUUGCUUCCCCUUUCUUUGAGAGUCUUCGAGUGUCCGGACCGGACUUCUUUGCUUCUGCACAAAGUUCGGUGGAUGUUCUCUUCGAACAGCCAAAUUCAGAGUUCAGUGAGGUAUUGAAAGAAUACGGGAGCUUGAUGACCAAGCUAUCAAAGGAGAUAGUAAAAGCUAUACUGAAAAGCUUGGGAGAAGAUUUGGAAAAGAAAUCUUUUGAGUCUGAAUUCGGCAACUGUCAUGGUUAUUUGAGAAUAAACAACUACACUCCCCCGAAGAGCAUGAAAGAAGAAGAAGUAGAUGGGCUAGGCAUGCACACAGACAUGAGCUGUGUAACAAUUGUUUAUCAAGAUGAAAUUGGGGGACUCCAAGUGAGAUCAAAGGAAGGAAAGUGGAUGGACAUAAACCCUUGUGAAGACACACUUGUUGUGAAUAUUGGUGACCUGAUGCACGCAUGGAGCAAUGGGAAGUUAAGUUCAUCAGAACACAGAGUUGUUUUAAAGAGAAUAGUGAAUCGGUUUUCUUUGGCCUUCUUUUGGUGCUUUGAAGAUGAAAAAGUGAUAUUUGCCCCUAAUGAAGUUGUGGGAGAAGACAACUUGAGGAUCUAUAAGCCAUUUGUUUGUGCAGAUUAUUUGAAAUUUAGACAAAGCAGUGAAAAGGGGAGGUUUGACAAGGUUGGGUUCACCGUGAAAGACUUUGCAGGAACGUGACAGUUCGUAAAAAUUGAUUAUAUUAAACAAGUGAAUGCAUUGUUGAAAAGCAAAGACACGUUGAGAAUAAAGAAUAGCAU